AUGGAGUCAGUGGCUCUGUACAGCUUCCAGGGGACAGCAAAGGACGAGCUGCCCUUUAAGAAAGGAGACACUCUAAAGAUCCUCAACAUGGAAGAUGACCAGAACUGGUACAAGGCUGAGCUGUAUGGCUGCGAGGGCUUUGUCCCCAAAAACUACAUCAAGGUCAAGCCACACCCGUGGUACGUGGGCAGGACCUCCCGGCAGCUGGCAGAGGAGCAGCUCCUCCAGCGCAGGCACCCAGGAGCCUUCCUGAUCCGUGACAGUGAGAGCACCCCGGGCCAGUUCUCCAUCUCUGUCAGCUGUGGGCAGCACGUCCAGCACUUCAAGGUCUUCAGGGAGAGGAACGGCAAAUACUUCCUCUGGGAGGAAAAGUUCAACUCUCUCAACGAGCUGGUGGACUUCUACAGGACAACCACCAUCUCCAAAAAGCAGCAGAUCUUCCUCUGGGAUGAGGACCAGAGCCAGGAGGUUAGGAGACCCAAAUUCGUGCAAGCCCAGUUUGACUUCUCAGCCCAAGAUGACUCCCAGCUGCCCUUCCUCCGAGGGGACAUCAUCGAGGUGCUGGACUGCCCUGACCCCAGCUGGUGGCAGGGGAAGGUCUAUGGCCGUGUUGGGCUCUUCCCCCGCACCCACGUCCACCCCAUCCGCAAGUGA